CACACAUUACAGCGAUCAGAACUAUCUCAUUACAGCGAUUCGCUCUCAAGCAAAAAAAAAAAAAAAAAAAAAGCAAAUGCAGCUUCUUACUGUCUCUAAUCUCCUCCGAAGAGAGAAUUGAGAGAAUUCUUGAACGAUUCGUUGAAACUGCGAAAGAAAACUGAAUUCCAGAAGAAUAAUGCUGACGUGUAUAGCUCGUUCUAAACAACCCGGUGAUGACUUACCGAGUCAACUCGAGGAAACUGACUCUUCCGCUACUUCUAGCGCUAAGCAGAACCAGGCCAUCAAGUCCCUCACUUCUCAGUUCAAGGACAUGGCGCUAAAGGCGUCGGGGGUGUACAGGCAUUGCAACCCUUGCACGGCGCAGAGCCAGUUGAGAAACUCCGGCGAAUCAGACGCUGAGUCGGACAGGUCCAAGUGGUCGUAUCGCAGGACGGGGAGUUCGAGCUCGACGACGCCGAGGGCGUGGGGAAGGGAGAUGGAAGCAAGGUUGAAAGGGAUAUCUAUAUCGAGUUCGAGCGAAGAAGCGACGCCGAAAUCGGCGAGUGGACGCCGAAUCCAAUCGGUCGUAUUCGUCGAAGAAAGUGAGCCUAAAGAAUGGGAGGCUCAGGUGGAGCCCGGCGUGCUUAUUACCUUCGUUUCGCUCCCUCACGGCGGCAACGAUCUCAAACGGAUACGGUUCAGUCGGGAAAUGUUUAACAAAUGGCAAGCUCAAAGAUGGUGGGCUGAGAACUAUGACAGGGUCAUGGAACUUUACAAUGUUCAGAGGCUUCAUCGCCAGGCAUUUCCUCUACCAACACCCCCAAGGUCUGAAGAUGAGAGCUCGAAAAUGGAAUCGGCAGAAGAAAGCCCUGUAACACCACCAUUGACCAAAGAACGCGUACCUCGUAAUUUAUACCGUCCAGCGGGGAUGGGGAUGGGCUACUCAUCCUCAGAUUCACUUGAUCAGCACCCAAUGCAGGCCAGGCAUUAUUGUGACUCUGGUCUUACUUCAACCCCAAAAGUUUCUAGCAUUAGUGGUGCCAAGACAGAGAUAUCAUCAAUGGAUGCCUCUAUGAGGAGUAGCUCAUCAAGAGAGGCUGAUCAGUCCGGGGAGCUAUCUAUCAGUAACGCCAGUGAUCUCGAGACUGAGUGGGUUGAACAAGAUGAACCAGGCGUUUACAUUACAAUCAGAGCCUUGCCAGGAGGCAAAAGGGAGCUUAGGCGAGUUAGAUUCAGCCGAGAAAUAUUUGGAGAAAUGCAUGCUAGACUGUGGUGGGAAGAGAACCGAGCCAGGAUACAUGAACAAUACUUGUAAUUUGACCAAAUCAAAUGAGGUUAGCCACACCAGCGACUAGCUUCUUUUUGUUUGUUUGUCUAAAAUUGUGGGGUGUGUGUAACUUUUUGUUCCUCUCAUUUUCUACUUCUGCCAUACUUGUUGAAUCCCUUUCUACUCAGAUAUAUAAGCAGGGGGAUACUGUGUUUUGGGCACUGGUUGGUUCCUAUCUGGGCAACUAAGUUUUCUUUCUUCCUUUCUCUCUUCAUUGUAGCUUAGAAGUAAUGAUGGUGGUGGUG